GGGCCUUCUCAGAACCAAGCACCAAAACUGUCAUCCCCAAACAGGUUACAGGGAAGUUCUCCAUCCGACAGGUCCCCAACAUGGACCCUCCAGAUGUGGAGAGGAAGGUGAAGGAGCACCUUCAGCAGAUCUUCUCCACUCUAAAAAGUCCUAACAGGCUGAGGGUGACCACAACUGUUGGGGCUAAACCAUGGGUGGCUAACCUGAAGGACCCACUGUGCAUUGACGGACAAAGGGCAGUCAGAGAGGUGUUUGGAGUGGAACCGGAGCUGAUCCGUGAGGGCUCCACCAUCCCUAUCGCUCUGAACUUCCAAGAGGAGAUGGAACCGGAGCUGAUCCGUGAGGGCUCCACCAUCCCUAUCGCUCAGAACUUCCAAGAGGAGAUGGAACCGGAGCUGAUCCACCAUCCCCAUCGCUCUGAACUUCCAAGAGGAGAUGGAACCGGAGCUGAUCCGUGAGGGCUCAACCAUCCCUAUCGCUCAGAACUUCCAAGAGGAGAUGGAACCGGAGCUGAUCCGUGAGGGCUCCACCAUCCCUAUCGCUCAGAACUUCCAAGAGGAGAUGAAACCGGAGCUGAUCCGUGUGGGCUCCACCAUCCCCAUCGCUCUGAACUUCCAAGAGGAGAUGGAACCAGAGCUCAUCCAUGAGGGCUCCACCAUCCCCAUCGCUCUGAACUUCCAAGAGGAGAUGGAACCGGAGCUGAUCCGUGAGGGCUCCACCAUCCCUAUCGCUCUGAACUUCCAAGAGGAGACAGGCAAGAGUGUGAUGAUGCUGCCUAUAGGUGGCCAUGAUGAUGGAGAGCACUCUCAGAAUGAGAAGAUCAGCAGGUACAACUACAUUGAGGGGACGAAGCUGUUAGCUGAUUAUUUUGAUGAGAUCUCACUACUACAGAAGGUGCAGGAUAUAUUUCCAUCCAAGCUGUGACCAUGAUAAUUAUGUUGUAGGUGACAGUAUUGUGCUAGUUGAGUGCCUGGGUUUACAUCAAUAAUGGCUGAUCCCAUGCUGUGACUCCACUCUCCCAGGGUUUCUCAGGGGGAGUGUGAUAUCCAAGAACCACAUGUACAUUUCACCACACAAUGAAUAACUUACACACUAGUACAUGUGUGAAACAGGACAAAUACAACCACCCCUAUUUGACCUUUGAACAGGUAUUAUUACAUAGCCUGAAUGAGGUUUAUUACUUACCAUAGGAACAACAUUUUAGCACCCUCUAGUAUAACUAUUUCUACUAUUUGUAUUUUAUGCAUGUAUUCUACUCUGGAUGAACUAAUAAAGGGGGCAAAGACAAACGGUGGCAUGUCUUGUGAAAUAAAUGUAUUG